CCCGUCACAUGCCUAUCUCCGCUACCGCUAGUUCGUCAUUUCACACUCCCACCCCUGGCCCUCGCUGUCUAAAGGCUCCAGUACUCACUCUACCCACACCCGUCACCACAGCCUCGCACAAUUAUCGCCUCAGCUACAGCUAAGAGGGCGAGAGAGCAAGGCGAUGUCAAUGGCGGAGGAGCAGUACUACGGGGGCCCGCGCGGGGCGCCGCACGGGCUGCUGCUGGCGGUGGUGGUGGGGCUGGUGGUGGCGGGCCCGCUCUUCCUCGGCGACGGCGGCGAGGCGGUUACCGACGCCAUCGCCGAGCUUCUCAGCCCCGUGGGCCUGCUCCUCCUCCCCGUGGGCCUCCUCCUCCUCAUCCGCCUCCUCUCCUCCGACCGCGGCGCCGCGGCGCUCGCCGACGUGUUCGCUUUCGGCGGCUCGCCCGACGCCGUGCACCGCGUCGGGGGUUCCCCCAUUGGUGUGGCUCUCAUGUUGCUCCUCAUCCUCGCCCUCCUCUACUACCGCUCCGCGCUCUUCGGCGGCGGCGGAGACGACGACGAGUAGGCGCCUGCCAGUAGGUAGUUCCCUGAUCUCGGGGUUGUUUUGCUAGUUUCCGUUUCAUGGCUGGGCUUGGGUGUAAAAGUGCGGUGUAAAUUAACUGGUAGCUACUCGCCGUCUUGGUUUGCUCUGCGUUAAGGCUGAAGGUUCUGUGCUGCAUGGGUCCAUGUGCUUGCUCUCUUCCGCCUCUCCUCCUCGUCGCCUCGUCUCGUCGGUGGUGUCGUGACACUCUUUUGUUACUCCGCUAGAACCGGGCAGCAGUAAUUUCUCUACUCCUAUAAAAAUGGCAGUUGGUGGUGA